GCCGCCGCCGCCGCCGCCGGUGUCAGCCUCCCUCGGGAGACUCCAUUUGCUCUCAGGUUGGUUUGGCCGCCGCGAAGGCAGGCGGAGAGCGAUGCCCCCGGCCCGCGGACUGGCGUCCCCUGGGCCAAGCGCCCGCCCGCUCGCUGGCUGGCUGCGGCGGUGACAUCCUGGUCGCUGGCGUCCACGGAGGAAUCCGGGCUCCCACGGAGCAAAGACGUCCGGCGUUCCGGAGCUCUCCGUGCGGGGAGAGGCCCUCGCUAACGCGGCUCCUCUCUGACCGCUUAAUUUCAGGAGGUUUCGGAGGCUCCGAGUGCCUAUACAGCCCCCGACAGGAACUACUUCUGUUGGCCCAUCGAGGAUCAUCUUUCACCAGGAUUAUCGUAACAUCUUCACUGAGCCUUCCCCCACCCCAUACCUCUACCAUGAGUCCUGAUUUCUGCCAAUGAAGUUUUUUGAUGCUUUCUUUAAUCAUGUGACACCACUUCUUGUCCACCUUUUUCCUUUUCAGUUGCCAAACACAUGAGGUGGAGGUUUGUGUCAUGUUAAAGUACACAGUUUCCUGCCUGUCCCCUUUCACCUGAUUUGCACCGCUCCCUUCUGUUCAGCUUGCCUUACCCUGAUUGCUUACGAUUUCCAUAACCACUCACUUGCACAUCGUGUAGCAGCCCUUGCCUGGGGAGGUAGCAUUCCAUACAGCGCACUGCCUGACAAGGACAGCAGUCAGGGGGCGAGUUUUCCCGUUGUAUUUUCCUAUCAGGUUUGCAAGCCCUUCUUCCAACUCUUUGUUCCCUAGCACAGUGCCCCAAAUACUCCCACCAGAGUCUUAGUUUCUUUAACAUAGAGCUUCGCCCAUAAGGAUGGCAAGAAUCAAGUAUGUAAUGUGACUGUUUUAGAGACCUUGCUGGUACAAUAUUGGUUGUCAUCGCCACUGAGAUCGCAGUUCAUGAAAAGAUCUUAAACUAAGGGAGGAGGAGGCAAGACAGAAGGUAGGAUUAAGUGGAGCCAGUCCUUGUUGUUUGAAGUUUGUAAGUUUCAAAACAGCAAAGCGAAGAGAGUCAUGUAGGCCUUGUCUGGAAAUUGGCCAGCACACUGUCCAUCUAGGUCCUAGGGCGGCAGGAAAGGGACCUUAAAACCCCAUUUUCUAGUCUCAUUGUGUCCAAAUCUAAGUUGUUACGUAUCUUGUUCUAGUAAUCGUCUAAAAUACUAGAUACAAUGUUGGGGAAACGAAAGCGUGUGGUGUUGACAAUUAAGGACAAGCUUGACAUUAUUAAGAAACUUGAGGAAGGCAUCUCUUUCAAAAAACUUUCUGUGGUGUAUGGAAUUGGUGAAUCCACAGUGCGUGAUAUUAAAAAAAACAAAGAAAGGAUAAUAAACUAUGCAAACAGUUCAGAUCCUACAAGUGGGGUAUCCAAACGUAAAUCUAUGAAGUCGUCAACAUAUGAGGAACUGGAUAGAGUUAUGAUAGAGUGGUUUAACCAACAGAAAACAGAGGGGAUUCCAGUGUCUGGAACGAUUUGUGCAAAGCAAGCCAAGUUCUUUUUUGACGCCCUGGGGAUGGAAGGUGAUUUUAAUGCAUCAUCUGGCUGGCUGACUCGAUUUAAGCAGCGCCACGGUAUUCCAAAGGCUGCUGGUAAAGGAACAAAACUGAAAGGAGAUGAAACUGCCGCCAGUGAGUUUUGUGGUAACUUUCAGGAAUUCGUUGAGCGAGAGAAUCUACAACCAGAACAAAUUUAUGGUGCUGAUCAAACUGGAUUGUUCUGGAAAUGUCUACCGUCAAGGACAUUAGCUCUUGAAACUGAGCGGAGUACUUCUGGUUAUAGGUCAAGCAGAGAGAGAAUCAUUAUCAUGUGUUGUGCAAAUGCCACAGGUUUACACAAACUUAAUCUUUGUGUUGUGGGGAAAGCAAAAAAGCCUCGUGCAUUCAAAGGAGCUGACCUCUCGAACCUUCCUGUCACUUAUUUCAGUCAAAAAAGUGCAUGGAUAGAACAUUCUGUUUUCAGACAGUGGUUUGAAAAGUACUUUGUGCCACAGGUACAGAAGCAUUUGAAAUCCAAGGGGCUUCUAGAAAAAGCAGUGCUCCUUUUGGAUUUUCCCCCAGCCCAUCCAAAUGAAGAACUGUUGAGUUCAGAUGAUGGCAGAAUAAUUGUGAAAUAUCUACCACCAAAUGUCACAAGUCUCAUUCAACCUAUGAGCCAAGGAGUUCUAGCCACAGUAAAAAGAUACUACCGAGCAGGACUUCUCCAGAAGUACGUGGAUGAAGGAAUUGACCCCAAAAUGUUCUGGAAGAACUUGACAGUGUUAGAUGCAAUUUAUGAAGUGACAAGAGCUUGGAACAUGGUAAAAUCAAGUACCAUAACCAAAGCAUGGAAAAAACUUUUCCCUGGCAAUGAAGAGAAUUCAGGCAUGAAUAUUGAUGAAGGAGCCAUUUUAGCAGCUAACUUAGCAACAGUUUUACAGAAUACAGAAGACUGUGAACAUGUUGACCUUGAGAACAUUGAUCAGUGGUUUGACUCUCGGAGUAAUGACUCAAACUGUCCAGUGCUAACCGACAGUGAAGGUGCCGAGGACCGGGCCAAGCCUGCCGAGCACAAGCCUUCCGGUAAGACUAGAAAAACAGAACUGAACCCGGAGAAGCAUAUUAGCCACAAAGCUGCACUCGAAUGGACCGAAAAUUUACUGGAUUAUCUAGAACAACAGGAUGACAUGCUUCUGUCUGAUAAACUGGUGUUGCGGAGGCUUCGAACAAUAAUAAGAAGAAAGCAGAAGACCCAGAAUAACAAAAGUCAUUAAUAAUCCUCGUAAGGGUUUCAGUGUAUUUGCAUCUUUGUGACUUUAUCUGCAGUGGAACUUAAUUACCGUGUUUGAAGUGCUGUGGAUUUCAGGGCCAAAUAUAUUUUAUUAAUGAAUUUAGGAGUAGAUGCUGUUUUGGAUUACUUCAAUGACUGUGCUUGAAUGUGCAUCCUAGGAAGUGAGCAUUGACAUGUAUCUUGUCUGUUUCUAAUCUGUAUUAUUACUAAUUUACAUCAUAAGGUACCUGAGGCCAGGGAUCCUGUGUCUGUUUUGUGCCUGAAUUUCAUUGUCUAAUAGAGUACCAUGCACACUCUAGGCAAUCAAUAAAUCUUUCUUAAAUUGAA